CAAAUUGUCCGAAAAAUUAAUUUUCAUUCACAACAAACAGUUUGUCAACAAAACUAACCAUUGAUUCAACUCUUGAACUCAACUCGCGAUCACAUCCACAGCCGACACGACUCCCAAAAUGGCGGCACAACUCAAGAAAGACAUCGAAGACAUGGAGUUUGAUUUGUCGGACUUGUCAUCACUGGAACUGAUGGCCAAACGACAGCACGCGAAGGCACUGCUGUCGCAAGAGAUCCAACGCCUCACUCAACGCAAGAACCAAUUGGUGACGAAAUGGCGCGAAGAGACGGCCGCCGAAGCGCUCCGCAAAUCCGGUGAUGACAGCGACUCGGCGUCAGCGCCGGUAACCCAGGGGUCGGCCACUGGUGGACAACAGCCGCCGAUGGGUUCGGUGAUCGUCACGAACUACAUGUGGGACCAAACGGACGACUUCUGCAAAAUCUAUGUCGAAAUCGACAAAACCUAUGCGUUAGACGCGACACACAUCCAGAUGUCGUUCCCCUCCAAGAGAUCCCUAUCCGUAGUGUUCGGCAAAUAUAAGUUCACAAUCAGUCGCCUCUUCGGCGACGUGUGCGCCGACCAGUCGUACCACAGACUCACGAAAUCGCAUAAACUUAUCGUUUACCUCAAGAAGUCUUCGCCGAAACACUGGACGGAAAUACAGGAAAAGGAGAAUAAGUUUCAACAGGUUUUGGAUGACAGGGAGGAGAUGAGUGGCGACCCGUCGGCCGGACUCAUGAAACUUAUGAAGCAGAUGUACGACGAGGGCGACGAUGACAUGAAGCGGACAAUAGCCAAGUCGUGGUACGAGUCGAGGAAUAAGACAUCCGAUGUAGACAUGAAUGAGCCGUCGAUUUAGGCAUCCCUUUCGCCCAUACAUUCAAUUCAAACCAAUCGCUUGACUCUCAGUUUGUUUUGUUAAAUGAAUUUAUUUUUUAAUCAUUUUGUGUGUAAUUUAUAAAUAAGAAAAUAAAAUCAUUUGUUGUUUUUGU